ACGAAUUUUAAAAAAGUUUUGUUAAAAGUGAAGAUAUCUCAAGGUCAGAAAUCUGAAGUAUCAACUUUACCAAUGUUUGAUGAUAAAGAAGAUGUGUAUACCCAGACUGACAGUAUCUCAUUGUCUCGUAGUAGGCGAGGAUCAGCACAAGAGUUCAAUGAUUCUGUGAUGCGGUCAGUGAUGUAUUGCAAAACAGAUUUUGUGAAUCCUGUUCAGUAUCAGAGACGAGCAAACUACUUCAAUAAAAAUAGGACUUUAACUACCAUGAAGUUACUUAGAGAGAAACAUAGAGAAAACGAACGUCUGCGUCACCAUUCGCUUAACCAACAUCUCCGUUUGAUUUGCAAGAAAGUUCCUGGAUCUGCAAAAGAUGGAAAGGAAACAAAAGUUGUUAUGAUGCAGAGAAUUAUCAGCUAUAUUGCCUAUUUGGAAAACACUAUUAAAUCUCUUAGUUCUCAAUUAAAUAUUCCAUCUGAUCCUUCUUGGUCCCUUUUGACAUCAAGUGUUAAAGAGAUUGAAAAAUCUGGGUUGUGGGAGUUUUCUAUCAUGAGCUCAGAUGAUAGUGAAGAUAGUGACAGAUUUUCAAUUCAACCUUCUCAUGGGCUGAACCUAUCAUCAUCAACAAUGAAUUCAACAGCUGUGUCAACAUACUGUCAGUCGACACCUGACUCCAGAAACAGUGCUGAAGAUAAUUCUCAAGACUCUAUUGUACCAACAGCAUCUUUUAUUACAGAUAUUGAAGGCGAUAGCACAUCAGGGUUCUAUGAAGAUUGGGUUGUUCCAGGGAAUGACCACAAACCUGAGAAUCUAAGUCAAUCAGAUAAUGAUCAAGUAAUCCUUGAGUUUCCAAUUCAUUGUAUAGAGAGAACAUUGAUGGACACACCCGAAAAAUUGGAAUGGCUUGGAAGUCCUGACAGAAGCAGUGUUUCAAAUCAGGGUAUGUCUGAAAAUCAUUUUGGUAUUAGGUGUGACCUUGCAGGAGUUGAUGACCAACCGUACGACUUGUCACAUUCUAUCAUUGUGUCACCCAAUCAAGUCUUGCCACAGAUCACAGUCAAGAAACCCUUGGUACUCGGUGACAACAAAAGCAGCACACUUGAGAGAGCGCCUCAUUCGGAGGGUGACACAAUGACACUCUGCCGCAACAGUAAACGCAAACAGCUCAGUCCUAAGAGAGCUCCCCUGUACAAUAUUGGUAAUUGGUUAGAGCUACCAAGUGACUGUCAGAGUCAUUUAGAUGAGCUGGGAAUAAGCUUAGGAAACAGUUUGUCUAUGGUUGAAGAGAAAACUUCUAAAGUGGGUGAUGUCAUUAAGAAAGUAAUAGAAGAGAAGGAUAACUCUGAAGUACCAGAAAUUGAACUAGCAACAGAGUCUGCUAAAGUUGUUCGAGAUGCUAAUGUUGAGCUGUUCAGUACAAAGCUGGAUCUCCGCAAGUCAUCCUGGAUGAAUGGAUUCAUGAUGUAUAGUAGAAUCAACAGGAAGCGCUUUAUCAAAGAUAAUCCAGGCCUACAAGCAGCAAGUAUAAGUAAACUGAUGGGACAAAGAUGGCGUGCAAUGACAGCAGAACAACAGAAACCAUAUAGAGAACAAGCCAGAAUUUGUUCCCAGGAGCUUCAAAGAAUGCUGGAUGAAAGUUACCACUGCUAAAACUUCUUGUUAGCCUGACAUAUCAGCUUAAGAAAUGAGCUCACCUUAAACAAAAGAUGUACACAUGUAGAUAACACGACUUUAAAAGAAUUUCAUUAUUAAACUUAUAACACUUUAUAAAAAAAAAAAAAA